AGCAGUUCAGGGUGAAGUCAAGGUCCAGCUGAUUCUUUUUCUAUCCCUUGGGUAAAGUUUAGCCUCCAGACAAGGGAGAGAAGAAGUUAGGAUUUUCCAUAAACUUUGUGAAAGCUUUCCUUUAGAAUAGGUGGGGAUGACACCUGCCAAGAGAGAUUGGAAGUUAGCUCUUUAAUUGAGAACUUUUUCUUCUCCUUUUGUGGAUUUUUUUGUUUGUUUUAUCGUUAGUUUUACUCAUCCCCCUGUCUUGAAUCUUAUCCAGCUGGUUUGGCUUUGGGGGCUACGAAUAUGGCUGGAGAGUAAUAGAAUUACUUCACACGAUAGGUAUACUUUCCCCUAUGUUGUUCUCCUAUGAGAAUUGCUGCGGAACUUCUCCAGAGAAUUGUAAAAGGCUUAUAGCACACCAUUGCUGUUGUGGGGCCCUUUAAGAGGAUCCCUCCUUUGGUGGGGAAGGUGUGGCUCUCCAGAAGUUGCUGGACUGCAGUCCCCAUCAGCCCUAUCCAGCAUAGACAAAGUCUCUCUUCAUAGGGCUUUGUUUCCAGACCCCUGAUCAUCCUGGUUGCUCUCCUCUGAACACGCUCCAGCUUGACUGCAUCCUUCUUGAAGCGUGGUGCUCAGAACUGGAUGCAAUACUCAAAAGAUGAGUAUCCACUAACCAGUGCUGAUUAGAGGUACUGAUUAGAAGCAGUACCUUGCACAAUUUGGAAGCUAUACUUCUUUUACUGCACCAAAAUAGCAUUUGCUUUUUUUGCAGCCACAUCACACUGUUGGCUCAUAUUCAGCUUGUGAUCUACAACAAUUCUAAGACCUUUUUCACUUUUAGUAUUGCUGAGCCAAGUAUCCCCCAACUUGUAACUGUGCAUUUGGCUUCUUUUUCCUAGCUUUAGAACUUGGCAUUUAUCUUUAUUAAAUUUCAUUCUGUCACUUUCAGCCCAGGGCUCCAGCCUAUCAAGAUCACAUUGUAGUUUGUUUCUGUCUUCCAGGGCAUUAGCUAUCCCACCCGAUUUUGUGUCAUCUGCAAAUCUGAUAAACAUUCCCUGCACCUCCUCGUCCAAAUCAUUAAUAAAAAUGUUGAAGAGCACUGGGCCCAGGACUAUAUUAACAGUGAUGUUCUUGUGGUUUUUGUCGUAGAAGAAAGAAGUAGGGUUCAAAUGGUAGAAUUGGUUUAUAACGGGUCCCACUUCAAAAUGUUUGCGAAUCACUGCUGUGAGUGACGGUUUAGCAGAAACUGAAAGCUGCUUGAGAAGGAGACAAAGUCUGAAAGUAUUUGCAGCAAAGGGAACAAAGUCUUUUAACCUUGACUGAACCAUAUCAGUCAGGCGUAUUUUCCUGGAUUGCAUAUAGUUGUUAGAUGCACGUUAAUACAUGUAAAGCAAACCAGGCGAUGGGUUGAAUCCAGACUUAGACAUGUUUAGAGGACACCCAAUGAAAUAAACAAACUUAACUUAGUUAUGAUUAACUUAAGACCUAUUGACUUCAAUGGGUCUCCACUAGCAGAAGGUAAAUAACCCUGGACUCUUUGCCCUGUUGCUGAACUCUCAGAGGUGCAUAACUCAUGUGUGCUUAACUUCUUCUUACCUUGAUGCUUUGUCACUGGGGCUCCUCCUCAUUGUUGCUCACUUGUGUUUUUGAUACCCUCUCCAUUUGCCUUUGGCCCCUGAGAGCGCCUCCAAAAUGGGAUUUGGCUCUUGGGCUGAAAGAGUUCUAUAACCCAUUUGGAGAGCCAUGCUGUAGUCAGAGUAAAAAUACAAGGCUAGGCGGAUGAACAGUCUGACCCUGGUGUAAGGCAGCGUCCGAUGCAAAGGCAUUGGCUAAUCUCGUUAGUUGGAUGCAAAUGAACUGUGUAACUUUUCAUUCCAGGGUUAAGCUUGAAUUCAUUGUUCUCAUGCCCCGCCUCUUUCCAUGUGCUUUCAGGACCCCUUCAGAAGAUGAGUGGAGCUUGAACACUCAUGUGAGCAACCAUCCCUGCACACCAGUGGUCAUGCUUUUAGACUCCAUUGUCCGGAUAGAAUUCAUCUGGUAUUGGCUGGAUGAAAAUGGCAAGUGGAUUGAAUAUGGCAAAAGGCAGCCAAAGCACUGUGCUGCCACAAUAUCAUCACCUGAGCUGGAGGCUGCUUUUCUAGCUGACCACAGAGGAGUUGUCUUCUUUCAGGCUGGUACUCAGCUGUAUGAACUAAACUUCCAAGAGAUGGUUCAGAGGAACAUGUAUUACCAAACCCAGAGAAAAGUCUGCCGGUGGCCCAAGCUCGUGUUCUUUGGUGGUGGACGUGAAAGCACGCAGAGCCAUAGCUUUGAAUCCUCCCUUCCUUUCCACUUGUUUCCUUCCAGCUGGGACCCAUCAGCACUGCCUGACAUCGGCUAUAAGUUGGUGGAGAUCUCCAGUUCUUCUGAAGAGUAUCAUGAAAUUAAGGAACUGUUUGAGAAGACAAUGGAAGGCUACAUUAUCUAUAGACUCCAAAGGAUCCAGAACCCUUCUCUCUGGCAAGUCUUCCAGUGGCAGAGAGAUCAGAUGAAGAAGUUGAAUGGAGGGAAGGAAGUAGACGAAACACUCUUGUUCCAUGGCACAAGCACAUCCCAUCUCCAUGACAUCUGUGGGCAGAACUUUGACUGGAGGAUCUGUGGGACCCAUGGAACGCUGUAUGGAAAAGGAAGCUAUUUUGCCCGGGAUGCCAGUUACUCUCAUAGGUACUGCCAGUCGGACACCCGCAUCAAGACGAUGUUUAUAGCUAGAGUUCUGGUUGGAGAUUAUGUUCAAGGGAACGCAUCUUACCUUCGCCCUCCAUCUAGACCUAACCAGUCAAACCGUUUUUACGAUAGCUGUGUGGACAAUCUUCAGAACCCUUUCAUUUUUGUGAUUUUUGAGAAGUAUCAGAUUUACCCGGCGUAUAUAAUAGAGUAUGAGCAAGUAUCCCAUUGCGUGGUCAUGUAAAGGCAGCAAUUGUUUUUUAUUUGUUAGUUUGUUUUUUCAAAAAUAGGAUAUGUACUUCAAAUCUUUUAUGUAUAUAUAAACUUGAAAAUGUUCUUAUUUAAAAAAAAAACUGCUGUGAUUUUUAAUUCCCCCCCCCCCCACUUCUGGAUCUUACGAAUGUAAAAUACUACACAUUGGAGAACCCAAAUCCUUUCCUGGAUUAUUGUUGGUCUGGUUUCAUAAUCUAUGGUUAAGUAGAGCUGGUUAAAUGUUUUUGACUAAUGUUUACAAUUUGGUCCUAAAUUGAUUUUUCACAAAUACUUGAGAUGUUGAGUUGGGGGGGGGCGGGGGGGGGGCAGACUACGUGCACCUGUGCAAAGGCAGAAAAGCAGCUGCAGGCUCUUUCAUGAAAGAAAUCAUGGUUGCAGUAUAUCCACACCCACUAAGAGAAGUAUUCCUGUUCAGGGUCCCAGCCAUGCCUCUUUGAGAAUAUUAGAAGCUCUUAGGGGCUCAAGCAAGCCAAAUUAUGGCUUUUCUACAUGGGGCUGUUAAUCUGCUGCAUCUGUUUUCAAUUUCAGAUUUGAAGUCUGAGCACUACAUAAGCAUAUCCUUUCCUGCUUUUCUGCUACAUAACCUCUAGAUGGCAAUGCGGUACAGCAGAAUAGCACAAGUUUUCAAGUGGAAAAGGCAUUUCCUUUCACUUUCAGAAAUAAUAGCCUAUUUUCCCUGCUCUUAAAAGACUUGCGGCAAGUGCAAUUUACAAGCAUGAGCAAAACUGGAUAGUCAUGACAUUGUUUAAAGAACUCGUAAACAUCUGAAAGUAGGGAAUGGUGAAAGUAUGACACACACUUCUAAAGAAUUGAAACAUGCUGUAUAAAUGCUAAGCUAGGGUGACCAUAUUUGGGAAACCAAAAAAGAGGACACCUGGUGUGUGUGUGGGGAAGCAGCUUUCUGAGUCCUGCAGAAAGUACGUUAUUCCCCCGCCACCUUAAAGAACCCGAUUGGAGUGGAGGAGGGGAAAGGAUUUAAUUCUGCACCACCACCAUCCACUCCAAUUGGGGCCUUUUCUAUAAUGUCCAUGAAUGACCCACUUUCCCCUUUAAGACCUCAAUUGGAGCUCGGGGUGGGGGAAUGAUGUGCCUCAAGAAAGCAUGUCAUUCCCUCCUGCCAUGCUAAUGGCAGCCUUAAAGAGGAAGGUGUGUCAUUCCAGGACAUUAUUGAAAAUUAUAGAAAAUCCCCCCCGACACCAUGGAAAGAACAAAAACCAGGACAAAUCCGGGGAAAUCCUGACAGUUGGUCACCCUAGCUAAGCCAUUUUAAAUAACAUGACUUAUGGUGAUAUGCCAGCACAACUCUUGGAAGGACUUAUCCUGAGUGUUCAUACAUUGGACCAGCAAGUCUGGAGCUAAGUUGUUCAAGUAACAGCAUUUUUCUGCUCUCUAAAUUGUAAUAUUGGCCUCAAGCUAUUGUUCUAAGGUUUCAUGUUUGCAAAAUGUGAUUAGCUUUAUAAAUUAUUUCAUUACAACUUUUGGAACUGUGCUUUGUUCCUCCCAUCUGAAAAGAGUAAUUUUUGCCAUUUUCCCCUCCCAAAUAAUGGCAUGUCUAGCACAUCUUUAUUUCAGGUUUUUUUUUUUAAAAAAAGUGUGAUACUUUAUUUUCACCAGUUUGCUGUGAUAUAUAAUAAACUCAAUGUCUCCCUCUUGCUCUUGUAACUGAGUGAGAAGCUGAUGUUCUCUUUUAGUAUGCAAACCCCUUCGAAGUGUUCCUUUAAGCAAAUUCCCAGAGGCCUCUUAUAGAACUGGCAGUUCUUAAAUAACAUCAAGGCCCCAAAUGAAGCCAAGACAGACCAUUGGGUAGCAGCAGGGCUCCUACUGUACUUGCAAGUAUGAAGCAGAGCCAUGCAGCACAUGAUAUGGCAUCCAGUGUGGUUCUGUGGCCCAUGCCGGACGUGGAAGUGCAGCCAAUUCCAGAUCUUUGCUAUGUACCUAUGUCUUCUUGACCCAUGUCUCACUCACAUAUUAUCAGCUAAGUACCUAAUUGUACAUGACUAGAAAUAGACCAGGCCUACAGAGGUUACAGUACAACAGACUGUUGACUUCAUUCUAAAGGGAAAGCAAAUAUGGCAUUGGGCCUCUAUACAAACAGCAUAAUAUGAGCAAAGGUGCCAAAGAAACCUAACAUUGGGAACAUUCUGAUCUAGGAGAUGAUCACAUUAUUUUUUUAAAAAAAAAAUCACAUCCAGCUUUCUUUUGAGUAAUUGCCAUCC